ACUUGAUCACAUUCAUCGGCAAAAACAACACUUCAAAAUGAAACUGUUCGUAGUUCUAUGCUUGGUCUCUGUGGCCGUCGCCGGUCCUGCUUCCAGGGCUUACUCUCCUAAUGACGUUGAAAUUCUCCAAUACGAUAACGACAACAUUGGACUUGGAAACUACAAAUAUUCUUACCAACAAUCAGAUGGAACAGGUCAAUCGCAAGAAGGUAAGCUGAUCAACGAAGGUCAAGAGAACGAAAGCCUGGCCGUCACCGGAUCGUACACAUGGGUUGGACCUGACGGCGUAACAUACCGCAUCACGUACAAAGCUGACGAGAACGGCUACCAACCCGAGAUCGAACAGGGACCCGGAGGCGGUAUCCCCCCCGCACUUGUUGCUUCCCUCCUCGGUUAAAUAGUUUUAGAUUUUGAUGUUAUCUUACCAAAAAUAGUACUUUAAUAAAAUAUUACAUUUUAAAAUA